GACGACGGUUGUAGCCGCAGCUGCCUUCCUGGAUGCCUUUCAGAAAGUAGCAGACAUGGCAACCAACACACGUGGUGCUACCAGAGAAAUUGGCUCUGCUUUAACUAGAAUGUGUAUGCGACAUCGAAGCAUUGAGUCCAAGCUCAGGCAGUUUUCAAGUGCUUUAAUUGACUGUCUGAUAAACCCACUUCAAGAGCAGAUGGAAGAAUGGAAGAAAGUGGCCAAUCAGCUGGACAAAGACCAUGCAAAAGAAUACAAAAAAGCGCGCCAGGAAAUAAAAAAGAAAUCUUCAGAUACCCUGAAGCUUCAGAAGAAAGCAAAGAAAGGUAGAGGAGACAUCCAACCCCAGCUGGACAGUGCGCUGCAGGAUGUGAACGAUAAAUAUCUUCUUCUUGAAGAAACAGAGAAACAGGCUGUUAGAAAAGCACUGAUUGAAGAACGUGGCCGAUUCUGUUCAUUUAUUUCUAUGCUGCGUCCUGUAAUUGAAGAAGAAAUAUCAAUGCUAGGAGAAAUAACUCAUCUACAGACCAUAUCAGAAGAUCUGAAAAGCCUCACCAUGGACCCACACAAGCUGCCAUCAUCAAGUGAACAGGUAAUUCUCGAUUUGAAAGGUUCCGAUUAUGGCUGGUCCUAUCAGACUCCUCCUUCUUCUCCCAGUACCACCAUGUCCAGAAAAUCCAGUGUGUGCAGCAGUCUGAACAGUGUAAACAGUAGUGACUCCCGGUCAAGUGGCUCGCAUUCUCACUCACCCAGUUCACACUAUCGCUACCGCAGCUCCAAUCUGCCUCAGCAGGCACCAAUGAGGCUCUCCAGUGUCUCCUCGCACGACUCUGGAUUCAUGUCCCAGGACGCUUUUCAAUCCAAGUCACCGUCCCCGAUGCCGCCCGAAGCCUCCAACCAGAAUUCGUCCAGCUCAGCCUCUUCUGAAGCCUCUGAAACCUGCCAGUCAGUGAGUGAGUGCAGCUCCCCCACCUCUGUCAGUUCAGGCUCCACCAUGGCGGCUUGGGCCUCCACAGAAAAGUUGUCUAAUGGGUAUUAUCACUGUAGUUUACCCAGAGGCUCAUCUUUAGCCCCCGUUGGUGUGGGUUCUUUCCCUCAUAUUCCGUCUGUCUCUCACGCAUGGACCCGGGCCACCUCCUCCACCCUCCUUCCAGACUACGUUCAUUAUUACACCAUUGGGCCAGGCAUGUUACCAUCAUCUCAGAUUCCUAGUUGGAAGGAUUGGGCUAAGCCUGGUCCUUAUGACCAGCCCAUGGUGAACACUUUGCAACGUCGCAAGGAAAAACGAGAAGCAGACUCUCCAGUGGGGGCUCAGAGUGGUCCGCCUCUGCCCACAGAAGACCCUCAGAGGGCCCGAAGCAUGACUGUAUCAGCUGCCCCAAAGCAAGGAGAGGAGAUGGAAGCCUGUGAAGAGCUGGCCCUCGCUCUUACUCGGGGGCUGCAGCUGGACAUUCAGAGAAGCAGCAGGGAUUCCUUGCAGUGUUCCAGCGGCUACAGUACUCAGACCACCACACCUUGCUGUUCCGAGGAUACGAUUCCCUCACAAGUUUCAGAUUACGACUACUUUUCUGUGAGCGGAGACCAAGACACUGAGCAGCAAGAAUUCGACAAGUCUUCAACUAUUCCAAGGAACAGCGACAUUAGCCAGUCCUACCGUCGCAUGUUCCAUGCCAAGCGUCCCGCUUCCACUGCGGGCCUCCCGACCACCCUUGGCCCUGUGAUCGUUACACCGGGCGUGGCCACCAUCCGACGGACCCCUUCCACCAAACCAGCGGUAAGGCGUGGGACCAUUGGUGCGGGACCAAUUCCCAUUAAGACCCCCGUGAUUCCCGUUAAGACUCCAUCUGUGCCAGACGUGCCGGCAGGGCUUCCCGGUUUCCCGAGUGGGGCAGAAGAAAGCUCUGAGCAAAGUCCCGAGGCUGGAGGGGGCAGCACCCCCACCGUAUGUACCUCCUUGUGGAGUGGGCAAGCACCUGCCAGCUUUCCUGCCACCAUUCAGAAGCCGAGCAGCACAGAGGAUCAGAGACCGGCAGCUGCUGAAAACAAGGGAGAGGAGAAUGCGAGAGAAGACGCCAGCAUCACCGCUCCCCCGUGCCAGCCCGUGCCCCAUUCGGGUGGGCAGAACCCAGCGGAGGCCCCACAGGGCGAAGACAUGCUGAAUGCUAUCCGCAGGGGCGUUAAGCUGAGGAAGACCACCACGAACGAUCGCUCAGCACCCCGUAUUUCCUAGACGCUGAAUCACUGCCCAAGUUGAGUGAAAAGAGAGGGACCUACUGAUGACAUCAACUUUUGUGUCUCGGUCCACUAUUGUACAAUCAAGAUUUUUUUCUAGGAGAGACAGCUGGCGACGGUCUCUAAAAUAGGAAGGGGAGGUUAGAAUUGGCCAGGCGAAAUGCUUAAAGGAACAUCUUCCCGACUUAUUAUUUGUUUUCUUCUUCUUUGUAAAGCUGGCCGAUUAUAUUUUCCCCUGCACAUUCUCAAGGUCUCUUUUUUUCCUCCCCAAAGGUGCCAAAAUCCCACUUACCCUUUUAAUAACGCUUUGUAUUCAUUCACAAAAGGAUGGCUAUAAGAAACGUCAAGUAGUUAAAUUUUAGCGAGGGCAGGGGGGGGGGUCCCCCGUGGCGAUGCAGUUCUCCCUCUUGGACAGUUUUGUGGAGCACCUUGUCUAUCAUAGUCGGAGUCUCAAGAAUUGUGUUCGUUUUCUUGUACAAAGUUCCUAGCAAGAACACAACUCCUCACUGAAAUACAGUGAACUGUUCCCCUGCCGCAAAAGCAGGAAACGAAAGCCGAUUAAAGCAAUAUAUAAUGGAAGAGAGAAAGAGAGAGAACGGCUUGUAAUUUGGUUAAUUUUUAGGGAUUAGGACGGGAGGGGCUUAAAUUUGUUGCACAAAAUGUAGCCUAGCAGGUAGUUUCAUUGUAAAUGCGUCCAAAUAAGCCAUAAGGAAUUCCAGUGUUCAUUUAAGUAAGGUGUUUUGAAGAUUUUUGGGUACUGCCUGCUAGGUAUUUUUCCUAUGUUGGCCCUAUGAAAAGGACCAUGUUAAGAUUUCUUGCUUCUGUAAACCAUGCGGUAUGCUUUAAUUUCCGGUCAUCACGAAACCUCGUUAUCAGUUUUGUACCAUCUUGGCAACAGGCUUAAACUUUGCAUUCCUCUCUUCACUUUGUGUUCCUUAAAAGAAAUAAACAGAACACAACAAAAAGACACUGUGAAGGCAGAAGGGUGUCUACGUUGAUACAAAAAAAAUAAAAAAUAAAGAGCAAAAAAUUUAAAAGAAAACCAGGGAGCUCUUGAUUAUAACUUUAUACCUUUUACUGGCUGUGCCCAGCAGGCUGGGUAGCCAAAUAAGUGGAAAACCUUCCCCAGUACUUUUAACAAAAAACAACUCAUAGAUGGAUGGGCAACUAACUGGGAACUCCAGUAAAACUGCAAAUGUUACUUUUAAGGGGGGCUGUUUUUCCGAAAGAGCAGUUUGGGUUGGUUUUUCCUAAACACAAAAUUUGGGGAUUGGGAAGGGACCGGAACAUCUUUAGGUUUUAUUUAUUACAGUGGGAGGGGCAUUCACAACUGGUUUCCUUUUUAUUCUUUUUUUCCCCCACAGUAAUUGGGGAGGGGGGAGCACUGUUGAUAAAUUUAUAAUAAGAUUUUUUUUCUUAACAUGGACAUUGCCGUGGUAUUUUCCGUUUCAUGGGAUCAGUAGAAAUGUGCAUAACUCAGGCACCCCCCUCCCGGUGUUUUAAGUUUUGUGGUUUUCUGUUUUUUAAAAGCAUUCUGCAGUCUAACUGGAUACCGUCUGCCUUAUUUCUACAUGGGCAAUGCUAGCAGAAUUCUUGACUUCAAGAGGGGUGUGUUUGUGGUUGCAGCGAUGCGCCACUCAUCGCGGAAGGAGCUGGGUUGUGAGUGUGCACACACAAUCUACUCUGCCAUGGACACUCGGGAGAUUCGUAUUGGCUGCCAUCUUGCCUACGUAAACUUCUUAUGCUUUAAAUACAUAACUGCAUUGGAUGUGAGAUGUAUCGUAAUCCUGUUUAUAGUCACUGUGUUCUAUAUACAUUUACACAGCUGUGGUUGCUUAACACUUUUUCAUUAGGGCGUCGGAAGCGAAAAGUUAAAAAAAAAAAAGGCAUGAUCCAAAAUAAUAAGCUUUUUCUUCCUUCAGAAAAAAUAAAAUAAAAAUAAAACAGUGCUGUCAAACUAGCCCACUUGUCCUGAAAACGAGUAGAUGCUCUCUGCGAAUGAUACUCCGAGAUUUCAUUUUUCUUAUCCGCUUGAAAGAGGGAAGAAAAAUGGACAAAAAGGGUGCAGGCUGACAAGCUGAUUUUUCUAAGCUUUUUUCUCCUUUUUUUAAAAAGGUGUUUCUGUUUAGGGGCUCAGGCAUGCCCUUGCAUUAACCCCCUGUUGCUUUCCGUGAAGCUCACGCGGGGGAUACUUCUUCUUUUGAAAAAGCACGUUUAGAAAACAUUUUGGAUGAAGCUGUAUUUGAAAGUGCAGCCUCCUUCCUUUCAAUACCAGAAUUAAAUCUCAGUUAAAAUAAUAAUAAUAGUAAUAAUAAUAUUGCCAAAAUUCAAUGUUAAACCCGUGGCAAACCACUUUGAAUAGUUCUGUUGGUUUGUUUUUUGAGGUUUCUUUUCCUUUUAUCUUUUUUGUGUUCCUUGCCUAUUGUAACAGCAGCGUCACAAUGUAAAAUGUUUCUAAUGGUAAGUUCUUGUGGUUUAGUUGCUAGUUUGUACCGAGAGUUGACCUCUCUUUCCCCAUGCAGUGUUUUCGUUCCGAACUGCUAAAAAUAAAAAUAGCUGUUAACUGUGCUUCCCCUUCUACCUUGUAAUGAAUGCUUCAAGCCUAUAUUACAAAUAAAGACCUGCUGAUAAACCUGC